AUGUGUUGCCUUUUUUCGCUCGUCUGUGCUUUGGGUCGACAACAGGAGAUGUUCCUCGUUUUCAUCGUAAUGAAAGGUGCUCUCCAUCCCCAGAACCUGCCCUUUCACGAACGCAAGGAAACAGUUUUUGCUCUCUUCGAGGACACAAUCCGCGGAGCAAUCAAAGUACAGUGCUUUGGAGAAGUGGACGGAAGAGAUGCCAAGCAUGAACAUUUGGCUUUGAAAAUCAUCCGAUAUGCUACAAACACUCUGAAUCUUUGGAAGGAAGAAAGUUGCGAAUUUUUCUGGGAUUGUGUUUCUGGCAAUGUGCCAAAUUUAGUGCUGGGGACAAGAACAGACACCAUUGAGACGAAUCCGAAGACACGAGAUCCUCUCUGCUAUCCUGAACUUUCUGCCUACAAGUUGGCGCCAAGAAAUAUCGGAGGUGGGAUAGAAGACGUUCUCGCAAAACUUGUUGAUAAGCAAAAGAACGUUAUGCAAUGGAUCAGCAGUGAAAAAGUGGCCAUACAAUUGAAGAAUAAAGCAGUCAUUAUGAUGAAAACAAGAGCAAAAGUUCUAAUGGGCGUCGGUAUCCACAGCUUUGAAAUGAAUCGCAAUGUCUCCGACAAUUUCAACUUUUUCUCCUUAAUUUUUUUUCACUAUUAUGGUUAUCUUUUUUUUUAUUACAAAAAACUCCUUUUCAAGCUUUUCCACCUUUCUCACUCAAAAAAGUUUUAA